CGUGUUUUGCAUUCUGGGGAUAAAAAUUGUCCAACUUGUACCUAAAUGUCUACUGCAUAAACUUUAUAACAAUUGUGAUCAAAGGUCAAAGUUUUGACUGCUAGUUUCAGCAGUUGCUCUUCACCAACAUUGGUUUAAAACUUGAAUGGAAGAAUUUCAUGGUAAGGUCGACACCGGUUGUAUUCAGCGCUUUGACACUUGUUGUUGAUUUUGAUCAUCCUGCAGCCAUCUCCUGCAUUGUGAGAAGUUCUAUUGUCAACCAAUCAUUAGGGUGUUUUGUUUGACCCACACGAACAUGACCAAAGACAUGACUGAAACAUUUAUAACUUGUGUACAGUGGGUAUACAGUACACACAAGUGAUGAGGCUCUCUCACUAAUUGUCACUGUGUACACACAUUAUAUUAUGAUUUCAGUUUGAGUGUGUGAUAUGGGGGUUAGAUACAUAUUUCUACAUUAUAAAAACCUAUUAUAAUAAAACGUUAACACAGCCAUGUUGAUCUGAGCCUUGCUGUUGGAAAACCACAUUAGUGUCUGACUUUUUGGCUGUCACAGAUGCCCCUCCCCUCGACUUUCGUCUACAGUCGGUUGCUUUGGCCUUACCACUCAAACGCGACCAUAGGUUGUGGAAUGCUGUCAGCGUGUCCGCUGCCCCUUUAAAUACGUCAUUCAUUGCUUCAAGCCACACGGGAGGAAACGUACAUCAAAGUCUGCUCAAGAACGUAGAAGAACAUUUUCGGAUAACGAGUCGUUCAGUAUAAACCGUUCCGCAACGUAGCAAACGUUCAAGCUAAUUAAAUGUACCUCUAUGACAAUCCAGUCACGUGACGGAACGUGGAUCAAUACGUCAAAUCUAUGCGUCAGGAAAAACGGCCGCCGUAAAACAGAAAAUAAAAAUACACAUGAGACAGUCGGGCAGCUGUCAAUGUCCAUUCCCCAUGUCAUUCUCCCAGAUCACCCAGUCUUUGUAUCUGGGUGGUGUGGACACAGUCUUCAAGCCCACCGGUCUCUACAGUAGGAACAUAACUCUGAUUGUCAACGCCACUGCAGAGCACCCCUGUCCUCAGUAUGAGGGGGUGGAGUGUUUCCAGGUACCCGUACUGGACCAGCCUCACGCCCCCCUGGCCUGCUACUUCGAUGCUGUUGCAGAACGUAUCCAUAACAACCACUCAGGGAGUACGCUGGUCCACUGCACUGCAGGCCGGAGCCGUUCUCCUACCCUGAUCAUGGCUUACCUGAUGCGGUAUGAGGGGGUAUCACUGCGCCAGGCCCAUGAGUGGGUCCUGAAGUACAGACCUCAUAUCCGACCCAAUGCUGGUUUCUGGAGGCAGCUGAUGGAGUAUGAGAGGAGGCUCUAUGGGAAGAAUACUGUGAGGAUGGCUGCUACCUCCUGUGGUGUGCUGCCUGAGGCUCUGGAUGGACAGGAGGCCAUUUACUGUGUGAAUGGCUGAUGGUAUGUGUCCCAAAUGGCACCCUAUUCCUUAUGUAGUGCAUUACUUUUGAUGAGCCUAAACUGAAAAGAGUGCUAUUUGGGAUUUGUCAUAAUGUAUAUGAGAAAAUAAAACCAAUUGCUAUAAAAAAUA